AUGUCUAAGCCGUCCACCUCCCCAGCUACGACCUCAGUGCCAUCGUCAUCCAGUACCUCGGACGCGCCAACUGCUGCGCCUCAAUCCAUUGAUUCAGCUGGCUCACCAACAACAAGUGGAGCCUCCACAUCAUCCCCGUCGACCGCACUAGGAGGCGGUUUCACAUGGGAGGUGACUCAGUCGGUGGCAGGGCACCACGCCCCACUGAUUUUGGCGAGAGGAUUCAUGGUGAUGAUGGGGGCUUUCUACAACCAGCAGAUCAUUCACGAGCCCGUGAGGAAGAUGCUGGGGUCGGGGAUAUCCGGGGGAGAAUUGGCUCAGCUGUCGUUUGGUGCCGGUAGACUCGGUCUUAUCAUGGGCCAGUUCGGUUCGAUAUUUGUCGCCGGCACCUCGUUCGUUGAUGUGGACUACUGUGAGAGAGACGGCAUCGCGACCGGCAUGACGCCUUGUCCUCCAAGGAUUAGCGGCAACCCUUGGGUGUUUGAUGUGAUUAUCUCGGUCCUCGUCGUCCAGGCGUCCAUGGUCCUCUAUUCCUUGACUAAGUGGUUCCAAAAGCCGGGCGGGAUUUCGGCAGACCCAACCACCAUUGCCGGGGUCGCAGCGGUCAUGGGCCAUCCCGAGGUCGAGCAGCUGUUUUCCUCGUUCCCAGGUGACAUGUCUGAGGAUGAGUUGAAGGACGUUCUCAAGGGCCACAAGUUCAUGCUCGGCGAGUUUGCGAUGGAGGACGGCAUCGUUAAGUACGGUAUCAUGCCUGUGCCUCUGGAGGACAGACAGGACGAAGACGACAACAAUGGUAUUUUUGGCAGGAUUGGCCAGCAGUUCAGCGGGGUUAGGGAAAGAUUGGCAGUCCCGGCCAGUUGGAAGCCAACUCCCUUGGUGGUUGAUCUGUGUUUUGGAGUGUUUAUACUUGGUCUGCUCGGUCUUGUCCUGGCCGCCUUGGCUACGCUCGACCAGCCGGAAUUUCUCUUUCCCCAAUCCGUCACCUCCAACAGAAUAGGCAUGAAGAUAGGCCUUGGCCUCCUCGGCGUCCUGAUCUCCCUCUAUUGGGGCAGAAUCUUUCAAGAGACGCAGACCAUGACGCCUUAUCAACGCCUGUACCACUCCUCUUCCCACCCCUUCCCAACAAUUCUUCUCCGUCGACACACCUCUCCGCUCUGCGCCAUCCUCCCCCUCCUGCGCACGGCGCACCUGAUGGCGGCCUCAGUCGCAAUCACCGCCUUGCUCAGCGAGGUCCUCAUUGUCACACUCGCAGGCAUCGUCCUUCCACAGCGCGUCGACGAACUUCAGGCCGGGUCACCGACAGAAACCCUUAUCUGUGCCGCCAUCUCGGCAGCAAUCUUGCUUCUGAUGCUCAUCCAACUGGUCGCAAUCCUGAUCUGGCGCCGGGCAGGGCCAAAGAUGCCGAGACGGCCCGGCUCGAUUGGGAUGGUCAUGACGUAUCUUGCUGGCACCGAGAUGGUGAGAUCGUUCUAUGGCCUUGACAAGUUGACCAGCCGGGAAAGGGACCGCAUGGUGUGCAGCAGGGGCAGGGUGUACGGAUAUGGAUGGCGGAAGGAGGGGGAUGCUGGGUGGUGGCGCGCGGUUGUUGAGGAAGUUGGCGAGUCGGCAGAAAGGAGGGGAUUCUUAGACGAUGGGAGUACAAACAGAGGGGAAAGGGGAAGGGAGGAGGGGAGGCUUCUGACAAGGUGGUUUUAA